AUGGCCGACUCCGAUUUCGACGGAUCAGAAUAUGAUGGCCCAUCAUUUCAAAAUACCAUAAAGGACGCGAUCCUCGCGCCAUUCCGCGCGCUGGUCUCCAAGUCCGCCCUACGGCUCUACCUCAACACCCUGCUAUUUAUGGGCGCAGCAUCUCUCUUAAUCGGAAUCUCAGCCAUUGCCUACGGAAUCUUUUAUUUCAAAUUCAUUCCCACGGUUGGGCUUCAGCGAGAGGUCCAUCUACAGUUCGGCAAUGGCCACCCAUGGGGUACAGCACAUUUCGACUCUGAGUUUGUCUCUAACCAACCGUACGAUGUCUCCGUGACGCUCGAGGUCCCGCGCACCCCUUCGAACAUCGAUACCGGCAACUUCAUGCUCGACCUCACCCUGUUCGCCUCGCGUCCUGCGUCCCUCGUCCUUCCUGGCCCUACCAACACGCCGAUAUCGCAAGCCCGCCGCCCUGCGAUCCUGACCUAUGCUUCGCCGAUGGUGGACAUUGCUCGGCGAGCGGCGCGCAUGCCGCUUUAUGUUGUAGGGUGGCGCCGGGAGUCGGAGAAAUUGGAGGUCCCGAUGAUGGAGGAGCUUGAGUUUGCUAAGGGUGCGCGGAAUUUACCGCAGAGUCUGCGACUCGAGAUUCAGAGUGAAUCCAAGAUGCAAAUCUACAUGGCUCGUGUCGAGUUUCGCGCUAGACUGACGGGGCUUAGGUGGCUUAUGUACCGAUGGAAGAUUACUUCCUUUGUGGUAUUCAGUUCGCUCUUUUGGUCUGUUUCUUUGCUUUCUGCUAGCUUGACGUGGUUGGUGUUGACAUGGGUUCUUGGGGCUGCGCCCAAGACUGAGGUCAAGGAAGAAUCGGACCGUCUUGUUAAGGACGAACCGGUUACUGAGGAGGAUAGUGAUAGCUCGGACGAGUCUGUUAAGAAGGAGGAGCCCGAGAGUAGACUGCUUCAUAGUUUACCAAUGGAGGGUGAAACGGUGGGUUCUGGAAGGGAAAGUGCAGAGGCUCGAGGGGUGCAGAGACGGCGGAGUCAUGCUAAAAUGGAGGUCACUAACGACGACGGUCCUCCGUCAAACCAAUCGUCACCGUACGUGCAUUCGCUCGUCAAAUCACUUCAAUCUGCCGGUCAUACGGUCUCGGUCAUUCUCCCGCACCAGCAACGAUCAUGGAUUGGUAAAGCGCACAUCGUAGGCGCAUCAGUGAAACCAACCUACUUCCGGCCCGGUACACUUCACCAAGAAGACGGCACAACACACCAGCUGCCUCGGGGAAGCAACGGCGACGACAGCGAAGGCGACGAGUGGGUCCUGAUCGACUCAACCCCUGCAAGCUGCGUCCAGAUCGGCCUAUAUCAUUAUUUCCAAGAGCGAGGCCCCAUCGAUGUCGUGGUCUCCGGCCCGAACUAUGGGCGCAACUCAACCGCUUUAUUCGCGCUGUCCAGUGGAACCAUUGGCGCCGCCAUGGAGGGUGCUUGCUGUGGUCAGCGCUCAAUUGCACUUUCAUACGCUUUCAGCUCGCGCAAUCAUGACCCCGUCAUCAUCGCCGAAGCCUCCGGCCACUCGGUCAAGCUGAUUGAGUAUCUUUGCGCGAACUGGGCGGACGACGUGGAUCUCUAUAGUGUCAAUGUUCCUCUGGAGCCGGGCGUGAGCGAGAAUAAGGUUUUAUAUACCAAUAUGCUGGAGAACAAAUGGACUGGCAGCUGUUUCCAGGCUGUGGAGCCCAGGUCUGCAGAUGAUCCUGACCUGCAGGAACAACAAGUGCGCGACCAGGGUGAAAUCGAGGGCAAGAAACCCGAUCCCAGUGUCGGUCUUAGUAGCGCGGGCUCCGCGCGCGGAUCUCGUCUUCAACACAAGCAUUUCAAGUGGGCGCCAAGCUUCCAGGAUGUUUACCGCAGUGUGGAAGAAAGCCAGCCUGGCAAUGACGGCUGGACUGUCAAGGAGCAAAUGACCAGUGUUACGCCCCUCAAGGCCAACUUUAAGCCUACGCCCGGCAUUUCGGGUGAAAUCAAGCUAUCGGAUAAUCAACCCUCGCUAUACUCCAUUGUCGACUGCGAUGAUACCUACGUUCAGCAGAUGGUCCAGCGCGCAUUGGACCGUCGCCUGGGAAAUGCCUCCACGACAAUUUCUUCCGUCUCUGACUUGCCGAACUCCUCUGCGCCCCUCUUCCAAUACAGGGAAUACGAACGCAUCGACUUCGAACACGGCAUGUUCGAAUCCUCCACCUCACUCUUGAACGCAUAUGUUAUCCGCAAAGCAUUGAUUCGCAAGCACUAUCUCUCAAACACGGUGGCUGGCUGGCUUUCCAAGAACCCGGACAGCGUCCUGCGCCACCAUUUCAAACCCGCCUUCGACUUCGAGCUCGACUACGCCGAAUUCCUCGACGAUGCCCUGUUGGAGGCAUACGAACUGAACGACAGCUUAGCCAAGAACGAGGAGCGCCCAGACUCGGAAAAAGAAUGGUGGAUCCUCAAGCCCGGCAUGAGUGAUCGAGGCCAAGGAAUCCGCAUCUUCAACAGCGAAGACCAGCUGCGCGAGAUCUUUGAGGAAUGGGAAGUCGACUCAGACGAAGAAGAAGCUUCUGACGCAGAAGAGGAUGAGAAUGCACCACCCAACACUGGAGUUGUCACCUCACAGCUCCGCCAUUUCCUCGUCCAGCCUUAUAUCGAUCCUCCUCUGCUCCUCCCAUCAUCCUCCAACCGCAAGUUCCACAUCCGCACCUACGUUCUUGCGUCGGGUUCCCUGCAGGUUUAUGUUUUCAAGGAGAUGCUUGCUCUCUUCGCCGCGAAGGCAUACUGCGCUCCACAUGAAGAAGAAGAUGACGUCGCUGAUCUUGCUCGUCAUCUCACCAACACUUGCUUCCAAGAGGGCGGCAGCUCAAAUGAAGGCAGUGUGCGUCGUUUCUGGGAUCUGGACGAACAUGUCCCCGGCCUCUCCGACGAUUGGAAGGAGAAGAUCUUUGAGCAGAUCUGCUCUGUAACGGGUGAAGUGUUUGAGGCAGCGGCGCGUGGCAUGAUGGUUCACUUCCAAACUCUGCCGAACGCCUUUGAGCUGUUUGGUGUUGAUUUCCUCGUCGAUAGCAAUGGGUCUGCUUGGCUUCUGGAGCUGAAUGCAUUCCCUGAUUUCGCGCAGACCGGUGAGGACCUGAAAGAGGUCGUGGUUGGAAGGUUGUUCGAGGAGAUGGUAGAUGUUGCCGUGAAGCCCUUCUUUGGGCUUGGUGAGGGAUCUGGCAAAGGUGAUCUGAAGUUGGUGGCUGAUAUUGACUUGGGAAGAAAGGCUUAG